AUGGCCACCAAGGGUCCCCAGGUUCAUACCACCUCCGGAUAUGAACUUACUGAGCCCUCGACCGCCCACAAUCGCGACCGGGCGGCGACUGUCGAGCCCGAGGACCCAUUCAGGUCUGGGACCAGCACCCCGCGGUCAGAAGAGGCCAGCGAUGAUGAUGUGUUUCCAGAUGGGGGCACUCGAUCAUGGCUCGUCGUCCUGGGGUCCUUCCUGCUGCUGAUGGCCUCGUACGGGCUGAUGAACUCGGUCGGGGUGCUGCUCUCCCACCUCGAGUCGCACCAGCUCGCCGACUACUCCAGCCGCGACAUCGGCUGGAUCUCUGGGAUAUUCGUCUUCACGGCCCUCAGUCUGGGGAUCUUCGUCGGCCCCCUGUUUGACGCCUACGGACCGAAAGAGCUCGUCACCGCUGGCACGGGGAUCUAUGCACUGGGCAUCCUCCUCACUGCGGAAUGCACCCGCUACUGGCACUUCAUUCUCUGCUUCGGCGUGACGGCCGGCAUUGGCGCUGCGCUCGUCAGUAACGUGGCAAUGGCGUGCGUGCCUCACUGGUUCCACCUCAAGGCUGGCAUGGCCCUCGGGACAGCCAUGGCGGGCUCGGGGCUGGGGGGUGUGAUAUUCCCGUAUAUCAUGCGCGAGACUUGGAACAGCGUCGGCUUCAAAUGGGGGAUGCGCGUCGUUGCGCUUGUUGUCUUUACGCUGUGCGGCCUGGCCUCUUUGCUGGUGAAGUCGAGACUCCCAAAGGGUGGCAGGCUGAAGGCCGCAUUUGAUAUUCGCUGUUUCAAAGAUGCCAGGUUUACGUGGCUGUCCAUUGCUACUUUCUGCCUGGAACUCGUCGUCUUCGCACUCACCGGUCUCCUUCCCAGUUACGCCGUAGCACAGGGCUUCAGCGCCAGCGACAGCGUGAACUUCCUAGUUGUCCUGAACGUAACAAACUGCGUCGGCCGUCUCGUCGCCGGCCGCAUCGCAGACAUCUACGGCCGCAUAAACAUCCUCAUAAUCCUCGUCGUCAUGGCCGUAGUCCUCAUCUUCACCAUUCUCUACCCAUUCAGCAGCUCCCUCGUCGCAUUGUACCUCUUCUGCGGUACAUACGGGUUCGUCUCUGGCUCGUUCAUCUGUCUAGCCCCCGUCUGCGUCCGCCAGAUUUCACCGGCAAAGGAGAUCGGCAUGAAGUUUGGGACUUUGUAUGGGGUUGUUGCGUUUGCAACCCUCAUUUCCGUUCCCAUCGGUGGAGAAAUGCUCGAGAGUGUCGGCGGCCAGGUCGUCGUCCUGUGGCUGGGUGGCGUGCUGGCUGCGACGAUUGUGCUUUUUGUGAUUGCCAGAUGGGCCUGCUUGGACUAUCGCUGGAACUGGACGACCAAGAUUUGA